UGAUUUAAAAAAAUGAAUAAAUGCUAUGAAGUAAUGUAAUAAUAAAAACGAUAUAUCCUAUACAAUUAUUAUUUGUUCACAGCAUUAAUUGUUUACUUAUUGCAGUUAAAGAUGAUUGACCGGGAUCCUAGAAACAAGUGUUGUGGACUGAAUGUGACUUUUAUGUCAUAAUUAUGAUUUACAAAAGCAGAAAUGAGCUUAAUCAAGUGUUUGACUCUGCAGUCUCGUGAUCUUCCUCUAGAGGGCGCAGUCCGCUUCACCCGCGCCACAACAUCACCAUAGAAACCGACGCGCUUUGAGACACGUUUACACACUUUACGACAUGUUUACGUAGUUUACGGUAGUAGGACGCCCGGAAAGCGCUUUUUCUCUUGUAACGUCGAUAAAGGCUAAAGAUCAAUAAAUGAUCGUGAAUCAGCUGAUGUUGAGGGCAGCAGCGGCUCACUGCGGGAGAUGGACAGCUGUCAAUCAACUCACCCGGGCGAAGUCAGAUAUGGCUGAGUUUCGAGAGGUUUUCUCAAAGGCCCGUCACAUCGCCAUCAUCACUGGAGCAGGAGUGAGCGCGGAGAGCGGCGUACCGACUAUCAGAGGAGCUGAAGGACGCUGGAGGACCUGGAAAACACAGGAUCUGGCCACGCCCGAGAGUUUCUGGCGUCACCCCAGCAGGGUGUGGGAGUUCUACCACUACCGACGAGAGCUGGCUCUGAACGCCGAGCCCAGCGCCGCACACAGAGCCAUCGCCGAGUGCGAGGCGCGCCUCAGCCGUCAGGGCCGCUCGCUGGUGGUGAUCACGCAGAACAUCGACGAGCUGCACCAGCGCGCCGGAUCCAAGAGCGUGCUGGAGGUCCACGGUAACCAGUUUCACACCAGAUGUGUGAGCUGUGGAGAUGUGGAGGUCAAUUACAAGAGCCCCAUAUGUCCAUCACUGGAGGGCAAAGGGUCACCUGACCCUGAUGUCCCUGACGCGCUCAUACCUGUCAAAGAUCUGCCCAGGUGUGACGAGAAGGGCUGUGACGGUCUGCUGCGGCCUCACGUCAUCUGGUUCGGAGAGACUCUGGACUCGCACAUCCUCACUAAAGUGGAGAAGGAGCUGGACACGUGUGACCUCUGUCUGGUGGUCGGCACGUCCUCUGUCGUGUAUCCGGCAGCCUUGUUUGGCGCGCAGGUGGCGUCCCGUGGCAUUCCAGUGGCCGAAUUCAACACUAAGGUGACACCAAAUACACCACGCUUCAGGUUUCACUUCCCGGGCCGCUGUGCAGAGACGCUUCCUGUCGCACUGGCGCGACACGAGUCUGAGCUCAUCUGACGCUCAUCGGAUGCUCACCGGAUCAGCUGGAGCUGAACGUGCUGUCGAGUUUGAGCGGAAAUAGAAUAAUGUCAGAUUCAUUUAUCUGCUUUUGAUACAUGAACUGUUUUAUAUAAACUGGAAAUGGGCCAAAGUAACCAUACAUGAAUGUAUGUUUGUGCUGUUGAAAGUUUCCCAUGUGCCUUAUGAGAGCAGUGCUGUGUCUGGAGCGAUUCUUCAGUUUGUCUGCUUGACUCAUGUGGGAUAAAGCAACAUGACGUGUCUGAGCUUAUAUCAGAGGACACGAUGUUUAUAGCAUGAAUGUGGGAUAAAGUGCUUUACUCGUCCAGUGUUUUCCUUUAUAUCAUUCCAGUAGUUUCAUCAGUAAACGGCAGUGAAUAAAAGCAUUUUUCCACAG